AUGAACGCGGCGUCGAGACUCCUUUCGCCUCCCUCCACGCUCGCCUUGCGCUCCAUCCAACCUCGCGCCCUUUUCGCCACCCGUGCCCGCCUCGCGCCCUCCUUCGGCGCCGUCCAGACGCGCUCGCCGUCGGCCCGAACCAUGGCGACCGUUCGCAAGAUCAAGGUCAAGAACCCCGUCGUCGAGCUCGACGGCGACGAGAUGACGCGCAUCAUCUGGAAGGACAUCAAGGACAGGUUCAUCUACCCCUACCUCGAUAUCGACCUCAAGUACUACGACCUCGGCCUCGAGUACCGUGACGAGACCAAUGACCAGGUCACGCUGGACGCGGCCGAGGCCAUCAAGAAGUACUCGGUCGGCGUCAAAUGCGCCACCAUCACGCCCGACGAGGCCCGCGUCGAGGAGUUCAAGCUGAAGCAGAUGUGGCUGUCGCCCAACGGCACCAUUCGCAACGCCCUCGGCGGCACCGUCUUCCGCGAGCCCAUCGUCAUCCCCCGCAUCCCCCGCCUCGUCCCCGGAUGGGAGAAGCCCAUCAUCAUCGGUCGCCACGCCUUCGGCGACCAGUACCGCGCCAAGGACGCCGUCUUCCAAGGCCCCGGCAAGCUGUCCAUGGUCUACACCCCCGAGGGUGGCGAAGCGCAGGAGAUCGAGGUCUUCCGCUUCGACGACGAUGGCGGCGUCGCCCAGACGCAGUACAACACGAACGAGUCCAUCGUCGGCUUCGCCCACGCCUCCUUCAACAUGGCCUUGAGCAAGGGCCUGCCCCUCUACAUGAGCACCAAGAACACCAUCCUCAAGAAGUACGACGGCCGCUUCAAGGACGUCUUCCAGAACCUCUACGACACCAAGUACCGGAAGGAUUUUGAGGCCAAAGGCAUCUGGUACGAGCAUCGCCUCAUUGACGACAUGGUGGCCCAGAUGAUCAAGAGCACCGGCGGCUACAUCAUGGCCCUGAAGAACUACGACGGCGAUGUGCAGUCAGACAUCGUCGCCCAGGGCUUCGGCUCCCUCGGCCUCAUGACUUCGGUCCUCAUCACCCCCGACGGCAAGACGUUCGAGUCCGAGGCCGCCCACGGCACCGUCACCCGCCAUUACCGCGAGCAUCAGAAGGGCAAUGAGACGUCGACGAACCCCAUCGCCUCCAUAUUCGCCUGGACCCGCGGCCUCGUCCAGCGCGGCAAGCUCGACGACACGCCCGAGCUCGUCGCCUUCGCCGAGGGUCUCGAGCAGGCCUGCAUCGACACUGUCGACGUCGACGGCAUCAUGACCAAGGACCUCGCCCUCGCCUGCGGCAAGAAGCAGCGCUCCGACUACGUCACGACGACGGAGUACCUGACAGCCGUCGAGCGACGCAUGAAGAUGAUCCUCAAGGAGAAGCUGUAG